UCGAAGAUUCUUCUAAGGUAUUAUAUAAAAGAGCUGUAAAUAUAGCUCAUAUAAUAGAUACUGGAACAUUUGAGAAUUUACUUUUAGAGGUGGCCAGCAACCAAUUUUUGGAUAAAAAUGUUCUUGUUUUUGGCCAUGAGAAAAAAGAUGAUAAAUGGAUACUGCUGCAAGAUGGGUUAACUGAUUAUUUGCAAGCAUUAGCUCAAUUAAACUUUAAAAUG